GAAACUUCACUGGACUUCGAACUACAUUUCCCAUUAGGAGCUGAGAACAGAACUACACGACCCAACAUGGCGGGUAUCGGAAAGUUCCUGAGAAACGCCUGGAAUAAGGAGCCCGUGAUCACAGCAGCCUGUGGCCUCGGCAUUGCCGCUCUGAUUCUGCCGGUGGUGAGCCCGUACACCAAAUACACAGCCAUGUUGAACAAAGCCACGCCAUACAACUACCCAGUUCCUGUGCGAGACGAUGGAAAUAUGCCUGACGUCCCCGCUCACCCGUGUGACCCGCAGGGCAGGAACCUGGAUUGGCUGAAAAACAUGUGAAAUAAAUAAAUAAAUAAAUAUUCGCCACCCCGAACCCUGUACAGAUCUCUCGCUCUUUCUCAGUCAGUGUGUCUCAAUAAAUAUCCUUUAUUUAACACCA